CGCGUCCGCCCUUGGGGCACAUCUCCACUUUCGGCCGACCUCUCCACACCCCCCCCCCCUCGCCCGCCCGCCUCCCUCUUCUCCACCAUCCUUGACCAUGUCGGCCGCUGGCGACCGGUCGAUAUCCCCCACGGCCGGGCAGCCUUUGCUGACGGCCCUCGCGCUGUUUGCCCAGAAGGCUCUGGCUUUGGCUCCCCGGCUCAUUCGAGAGUCUCCCCUCACUGCCCACCCUCGAAUCCUGCUUGGGCUACUGUCCUUCGGGGCCGCCGGCUGGCUGGUGCACCUGUCUCGACAGAAGUUCAUCGAGUUCCGCAACCAGCGGCACAUUUCCGCCGACAAGACGGCCGAACUGACCUUCUUCCGUGCCCCCUCGGCCGACGACUCCGCGGAGCCGGGCAGUGCGGAGGCCGACGAGCGGCACAAGCAGGACCUCUUCAUGGAGCCUCCCAUCCAAUACUCGUCCAUCAAUCACAGCAUGUUCGAGGUCACGGCAUCGGUGCUGCAGCCGCCCAUCCCCACGGGCAGUUCUGACCCCGGUGCCAGCGCCGAGAUGCCUGCUUCUGACGCCGGGCCCUCCUCUGCCGGGGCCCCGCCCGAUGCCCAUUCCACCGACCCAAGCACGGCCACCGCCGAGCCCGACUCCUCCAGCCCGGCCAGCGGCUUCAAGCCCAUCACCGCCGAGGCCAUGCUCCACAGCCGUCAGAAGCACCACUCCUCCCGGUGCACUGCGUCGCCGCUGUACUGGAAUGACCACCUCUGCCGGCAUGGCCUGCGCUUCGGCCCGCCGCUCGAUGCGUCUGGCAUCUUUUGCCGCCACGCCGAGUGCCAGAUCACCUCGCUGCCGGUUCGCCUUUGGCGCAAUCUCUCCCUGGCGGUGGACUGCCUGCUGACCGGUGUACCCCUGUCGGAGCACUUCUUCUCCAAGGGCCGGCCAUGCCCGGAUCCCAGCCACCUUGACAUCUUCCGAGACGGGCCCCUCGUCCGGCGGAUCAAUCACCCCCUGUAUGAUGUGCCCCUGGACCAUGAGCCCCCGAUCAUGACUCGCGGCCACAAAGUCCGGACCAUGACGCUGGCCUCGCGCUCGGCCUACUCGCACCUCCCGAUCUCGACGCCCAUUGAGACGGCCAAGCUCCUGUCGGCCUUGGCUUUCGACUUGCAACUGCGCUCCUCCAUCGCGCACAGGUCAAUCAGCUGCGACAAUUGCAAUAUGUCCCCCCUGCUCGGGAUCCGUUACACUUGCCUCAACUGCCCGAAUUACGAUCUGUGCCAACUCUGCGAGUCCAUCCAAAGCCAGGCCCUUUUUGGCAUCACCAGCCAGCAUUUCAUCAACACUCACCUUGAGAACAACGAUUCGAUCACCAAGUUCGAGUUGAUCCACGACCCGCAGCACAUUUUCAUGAAGAUCAAUCUGCCCGUUUCCUCGAUGCUCUCCUCCUUCACCACAAACAUGCCGUUGAUGUAUCCCCCUCGGAGCUCGCCUCCCGGCAUUCCGACCGCCAAAUCCUUCAGCCUGCCAUUCCUGACGGCCCCGGAGCUGGCCGAGAUCGCCGCCGCCGAGCCCCUGCUCACGACCAUGGAAAUCUCCGGGCUGUUUGUCAUCUUCACCUCGGUGCUGUCCGACCCGGAAACCAUGCGCAUCACUCGACCAGCCUUCUACGCGGCCCUCGGGCACUAUUCCGGCUUCUCCAUCCUCACGGAGGAUGUCCUGCAGCCGCAGCCCGCCGACGAGGACCAAGGUGCCUCCGCCCCCCCGGCCCCGGCCCCCCUCCAGCCGGAUGCCCUCUUCUCGGCUUCCCUUUCGGAGGUGCUGCAUGCCGAGCAGGGUGCGGUGGCCGCGCUCUCCGGUCGCCCGGCCCCCGGGACCGCUGAUUCCGAUUCCUCUGCCCUGGCUGACGGGCUGGAGCAUGCCAUCCGCCUGGCCGUCGACCAAGUGGACUCGCAGUGCUCCCAGCGCGAGCUCCCUCCCCUGACAUACAUUGCCGAUCGUCUGUACGAUUUCUACGACUUCGAUGGCGAUGGCUACAUUUCCUUCCAGGACUAUGUUCAUGCCUAUGCCACCACGCAUCGCGGAUCCCAGUCGGCCAUUCUCCAGUCCUUCUUCCGGAUCGCCGACCAGGACCGUGAUGGCCACAUUGACAAGCACGACUUGAACCGCUUCCUGCGGGGCUGCUUCAGCCUGCUGCAGUCCACCAUCUUCGACCAGCAGCGCAUGUCCACCGAGGACAAUGACUCGGCGGUCUGGAACUCAUCCGUCAUCCACCGGGACUCGGUGGUCUCGGAUCAUCCCGCGGCCGAUGACGUGUUCACCCUCGGCAAUGACCGGGUCCCGCAUGACUGGGAUCGGCCCCUGUCAGCCGCUCUUUCCCUCAACAGCUCGGACCUUCAGGAUGGUGUGCCCUUCAGCGACAUGCAGAGCACGCCGGCGGACCAGCUGCACGCCUUCCGCACCGCCUUCUCCGAGCUCGACUCCGAGGCCAUGGUCGACCAGAUGAUUUCCCGCCACUCGGAGAAAAUCUUCGCUCGUCUGCACACCAGCACCCCGGGUGUCAUUACCAAGAAGGAGUUCUACGAGCAGAUCAUCCUCCCGCUCCAGCGCAAGGAGGACAUCAGCCUGUCCGAGAGCAACCUCUACUAUCUGACCUUCUUCACCGAGAUGCUCUUCUUGUAAGGCAGUGCUCCAAAAUACACGUCAAAUAAAAAAUGCACACAUACACGGUCGCCGUCCGCUGGUCGGCCUCGGGGCCAUCCUUCCAUCGGGGCAGACGGGAGUAUGGCAUUCAUGUCCC